CUGUUAACACUCUUCCUUUGUUUGUUCACUUUUCUUCUGUUUCCUUCCUUCCUGCCUUCCUUAGGCAUUAUGGACAGGAGAUGGUGAAGAUGUUGUUCACAGAUCAACAACUUAAACUGCUUUUGGAACGAUCUCUUUCCACCCGUGACCUGGAAGAAAUCCUGACAAGAAUGAAGAAGAAAGGGAUGGAAAACCAGAAGGCUGAACGCCCAUCUGUCAAGGAGCCGGUGAAGAAGAGGAACAAUGGCUCAAAGAAGCCCCAGGCCACAGUGCCUUCUAGCAAACGGGUGAAAUCUACCUCUGAUGGACACCUCCUACACUGUGCAAAAGCCCAGGUCACGUUACCUCCAGCUGUGGAAGAAACUGAGCUGCUCCAGAAGCUUUACCAUCUCCUGGAAGCCAAGGGGUUUCAGACACGGAUGGAAGGAGUGGCACUCCUCCUAGACCUGUGCAAAACCAGCCCCCAGCUCAUCUGCACUAACUUUGUCCAAUUGGGUGAAGUGAAGGGAAUCCAGCCCCUGAAAGCAUGA